AUGAAACGCCUACUCUCCUUCAAGCCUCAUCCCCUAGCAAAAUCGGUACCUGCUGCGCUUAUAAACACGUCCUCUACGGCGCCACACACGACCAGUUUGCAGCCCAAAUAUGUUCUACCACCUCUGCCUCACCCCUGCCCCUACGAACAUAUCGCCGUAUUAGCAACCUCUGGGGGACUCCUGCUCAGGCCUCAUUUCCAAAGCGAAGUUGAUCCAGAGUCAUAUGUCCGGAUCGCGUGGGGUAAGGCGGGCGAUGUAGAAGAAGUACUUUACAGCGAAGACAUUGACGGCGUUGAUUGGUCGGAGAGUGUUGUGGUAUACGGUGUAGUCGGCAUACUGUCUCUAUUCUCUGCGUCCUAUUUACUACUGGUCACCUCACGAUCCGAAGUCGGACAUUUGUUCGAUCCCAGGCAAAUUGUAUACAAUGUGAAGGGAGUUACAGCUAUUCCACUUGUAGAGGCUCGUGCUCGUGCAGCCUUGGCCACCAUCAGCGCGCGCAACGCUGCUGAUCACCGCUCGUCCUUGCUUCCGCCUUCACGGCCUGAUACUCCACCUCCUCCCGAGGAUGGUCAGAGAAGCGCCAUUUUCUCAGCCGGUUCAGGCUUUAGUGAGGGAGUUACCUCUCCUCACGUCAGAUUCGUAAUGGAGCCCCAAGUGAAGGUCAUGACGCCGCAAACUACCCAGGAUUUUGAGACACAAGAUGAAGGUAGUCCACCUUCGCCUUCUUCCUCUGUUGCGUCUACGCCUUCUUCUGAGUAUUCACUCAAUACCGAUAAUGUUGUGAAAACUCUGACAGAACGCCUCUCAUUCUGGAGCAGGCUGUCGAAACGCUCGUUGACAGCUGUAUCAAAUGCCAAUGAGCUGCCAAUUUCCGAGACUCCGCCUGUAUUGGAUCCAGGACAGCAGCGAGUGUCGCUAGACUCGCUCAUUGAUGAAAAUAAACAAGGACCGGGGCAAGUCAUUAAUUCGAUCCUGGCGACAUCCGCGCCUCCCCCUCCAACCACGGAAGAGAAACAUUCGGAACUUGAGGACAAGAUUCUCCGUGAAUGUGUCAGGGAGUUCACACGGGGUGGCAUGUACUUUGCGUAUGCUUUUGACAUUACGAGAUCAUUGCAGCACAAACACGAGAUCCUUGCAAAAACUAAGCUUCAAAGCACUCUCCUUGCUGAUCUGGAUGUGCUCGAUGAGCAAAAGCAGCUUAGUCCAGUUGGCGACAAGAUCGAUGUCCUAGCAGAGCCCUCUCCGACCCUUCCGCUAUGGCGAAGAGUUGAUCGCCAGUUCUGGUGGAAUGAAUGGCUCUCUAAGCCUUUUAUUGAUGCAGGAGUGCAUUCCUAUGUACUGCCCAUCAUGCAAGGUUUCUAUCAGAUUGCGUCCUUCAAUAUCCCACGAGAAGCGGUGGCAUCAGAGCAGGGUGAUUUCGCAACGGUAGAUUAUAUUCUCGUAUCAAGGAGAUCUCGUGACCGUGCAGGCCUACGUUACCAACGUCGGGGGAUUGACGAAGAUGCCAACGUUGCGAACUUUGUCGAGACAGAAACUAUCAUGCGAGUGGAACGGGAAGGCUUCCUGAAUGUCUUCGGCCACGUCCAGAUACGCGGGUCUAUCCCUUUAUAUUGGAAGCAAGAGGGCUACAGCCUCAAGCCCGCUCCGCAGCUUGCGCCAGAUAGAACUCAUACACAGAAUUUUGACGCGAUACAGCGUCACUUUAAGAAAACUCUCCCGCGAUAUGGACCACACACUGUCGUCAAUCUUACAGAACAACACGGAAAGGAAUCACAAGUUACUCAUGCAUAUAGCGAAUUUGUGAAUGAGUUAAACGACAAAAAUGUUCACUAUAUCGCAUACGAUUUUCAUUCAGAGACCAAAGGCAUGAAGUACGAGAAUAUAUCCAAAUUGAUCAAUCAGCUAGAGCGUACGUUUGAGAACCAAGGCUAUUUCUGGGUAUCUAAUGGUAGCCUUAUGUCCCAACAGAAGGGUGUCUUUCGUGUAAAUUGCAUAGAUUGUCUGGACAGAACAAAUGUUGUAGAAUCGGCCUUUGCGCGACAUGUGCUUAAUAGACAACUGGGUGCUGUAGCCUUACUUGAUACUUCUGGAGCUAUACAGCGGACAGAGACUGACGUCGUGUUUAAUGAUGUGUGGGCCAACAACGGAGAUGCCAUCAGUCGCGAAUACGCUGGCACAUCCGCUCUCAAGGGCGACUUCACCCGGACGGGCAAACGGGACCUUACAGGCAUGCUCAAUGACGGCGUUAAUUCUUUGGCAAGAAUGUAUUCUUCGACAUUUGCGGACUGGUUCAGUCAGGCUGUCAUUGACUACAUACUUGGGAACAGAACCAUCUCUGUAUUCUCGGAAUUCCUCAACAGACUACAGUCCACUGACCCUCGAGAUCUAAUCCGCAUCUCCAAAAUUAGAGCCGAUGCUAUUGCAACGUGUGUAUCUCGUGUAUUGCCAGAUGGUGAACGCCUGUUAUCAGGUUGGACGUUGUUCUCACCCGCCGAGCUGAACACGAGGGUGGGCGACAAAUUCGAGGAGAAGGUACUAUUGUUGACGGCGAAAGCCAUCUAUGUCAUAAGCUAUGACUACACACUAGAGAAGGUCAAGAUAUAUACACGUGUACCACUCAAAGAUAUCACGGGAGUUAUGAAAGGCGCCUAUAUACUAUCACCCUUAGAGGAGGGCAGCCGCGACCCCGCGCAGAAUGCAGGAUUUGUAUUGGUGUGGCGAAACGUGGGCCAGGACACACGCGUCACAAGUUAUUCCAUCCGAAACAGCCUUGACUUUUCCUCGCCUCCCCCAUCGCCACGACAAAUGAUACCAGAGCCGCCUGCGCAAAGGCGUGCGACUGUACCGAGCUCAAUGCGCAGAAACACGCUGUUGUCCGGUUUGCUCUCCCGAGCAGCAGCCCCAGCCGAGGAAAUGGACAAGACAUUCGCAGCAUUCAAGGCAUUGCCCAUUGAUCCCAUGCGUUCGCGACGAGACACAGGCAGUUUCAUCGAACCUGCGGAUGAACUCGCGGGUGCAACGAACUGCAGAGAGGCUGUGGACAUGAUUGUGAACACGAUUCAACAAGCGUGUUGUGAUGCAGGCACUAUCGAUGGCAGUAUAGUUAACGAGGAAGAUAUUGUCAGCUUGGCCGAGGCGCAGCGCAUGACUAGUGUCUACGCCAAGAUGGAAUAUGGAGUAAAGAGGUUGCUCUGGCUAGGCGGUUGA